GUGCAUGAUUUUACAUCUGUAUAUGUAUACGGCUUUGUUGUUUACAUCUGUGUUUGGUUUAGUUUUUGAUAAUUGAUUUAAUUUGUUUUAGAGUAUUAGUGAUUUGCGUUAUAGGUCACCAAUGAAGAACCGUUUCACCACUUUGGACAUUGUAUCAAUUGUUCCUGAGUUAAAUCGUACUCUUAAAGGUUAUCGGGUUCAUCAAAUUCAUGAUAUCGAUGCUAAAACGUAUCUAAUUAGACUUAAAGACAAUCCAAACGAGGAUACACCUGAGAUAAAUAAGUUGGUUCUUCUAAUUGAAAGUGGUAUUCGAUUGCAUGUCAGUGAAUACGAUUGGCCUAAGAAUACCAAUUGUUCUGGUUUUACUUUAAAAUUGAGGAAGCACUUGAGAAAUAAAAGGAUUGAAAAUAUCAAGCAAGUUGGUAUUGACAGAGUGGUGGACAUUCAAUUUGGCAUCAAUGAAGCAGCUUAUCAUAUCAUCAUUGAGCUCUACGACAGGGGAAAUAUAAUUUUCACAGAUUAUCAAUAUGUCAUCUUGAAUCUUCUUAGAUCAAGGAAACCAGGAGAAAAUGAUGAUGUUAAAGUAAUGGUUAGAGAGGUUUAUCCACUUCAUACUGCAGUUUAUGACUACAAGCUUCCAAAUAAAAGUGAAAUAAUAACACUGAUUCAAGCAGCUUCUCCUGGUGAUACAUUGCGAAAAAUUUUUAACCCUAGAUUAAUCUUUGGAACGGCUCUAUUGGAGCAUUGUUUUAUGGAAGUUGGAUUCCCUGAAAAUUGGAAAUUAGAUUCAAGUAAAACAGCCGACUAUGAUAAAAUAGAAGAAGCUCUUGCACUAGCAUCAAAAAUACUUGCUGAAAUAAUUGAUAACCAUCAAGGGAUUAUAAUUCACAAGGAGGAGAUUAGUCAAGCUAAUACAAAUGAUAAAAAUAUCAAAGAAAGUCCAAAAACUGUGAUAACUUACACUGAAUUUCACCCAAUGCUGUUUAAUCAGCACAAAUUUUCAACCAAGCUGAAAUAUAUUGAAUUUGAAACCUUUGGUAAAGCAGUGGAUAUUUAUUUCUCAAGUAUCGAAGGGCAAAAGAUUGAUCAAAGAGCCCUUCAACAAGAGAAAGAAGCUCUUAAAAAAUUGGAGAACGUGAAAAAGGACCAUGAAAAGAGAUUACAAGAGUUGGCAUCUCUUCAAGAAAUAGAUAAAAGGAAAGCGUCCCUCAUUGAGAUGAAUAAAGAUCUGGUUGAAAAAGCUCUACUCAUUAUGAGGUCAGCUAUUGCAAAUCAAAUCAGCUGGGAAGAGAUAAAAGCUUUAAUCAAGGAAGCUCAGUUGAGAGACGACGUUGUUGCCUGUGCAAUUAAAGGACUUAAAUUAGAGAAGAACCAAUUUACAAUGUUACUUUCUGAUCCAUUUGAUGAUGAAGAAACCAGUAAGCUUUCCGAUUUAGUUGAUAUUGAUUUAGAUUUAUCAGCUUUUGCCAACGCUCGACGAUACUAUGAUCAAAAACGACAUGCUGCUAAGAAAGAGCAAAAGACGCUAGAGAGUUCAUCUAAAGCUUUAAAAAGUGCUGAACACAAAACGCAACAAGCGUUAAAAGAGGUAGCCAUUAAAACAUCGAUUACUAAAGCUCGCAAGGUGUUGUGGUUUGAAAAAUUUUUCUGGUUUAUAUCUUCUGAAAAUUAUUUGGUUAUCGGAGGACGUGAUGCCCAACAAAAUGAGCUUAUUGUCAAAAAGUAUCUUAAGCAAGGAGAUAUCUAUGUUCACGCUGAUCUUCAUGGUGCCUCAUCAGUUGUAAUUAAAAAUCAUAUUCCAACUGAACCAAUUCCUCCUAAAACUGUUCAAGAAGCUGGUAUUAUGGCUGUUUGUUAUUCUUCAGCUUGGGAAAACAAAUUUUCAAGUCGUUCCUGGUGGGUUCAUUCUCAUCAAGUUUCUAAGACAGCUCCUUCUGGUGAAUAUUUAACUGUUGGUGCGUUCAUGAUCAGAGGUAAAAAGAACUAUCUGCCAAUGGCUCAAUUGGUUAUGGGCUUCGGAUUUUUAUUUCGUUUAGAUGAAGAUUCUAUGGAAAACCAUAAAUCAGAAAGACGGAUUCGUUCAACAAGUGACUCUAUUGACACCGAUUCCGUUAAUGAUAUUGAGAUAAAGAUAGAAGAUAGUGAGGAUGAAGAUGAACCUGGGGAUAAUGAGGCUGGUAAUACUUUUCCUGAUACAAAAAUAAAGAACAUUGCUCAGGCAACUGAUGAAUCAGAUGUUAAUCCUGGUGGUGAAAGCAAAAAUGAGAAGGUUAAGAAGGAGGAUGAAGAGGAUAAACUGGUUGAAAUAACAGGCUCUCAGAUACCAAGGAUGAAAUUUCAAGCACAACUGAAAAAGAAACGUAAUGAAGUUAAGAAGGCGUCAACUCAAAAUUCACUACAGAAUGUUCAACAACAAUCUAAUAGACAGUUAGCCGACAAGAAUCAUCAUCAACCACAACAACAACAACAACAACAACAACAGAAAGAGACAACAAAUAAGAAUCAGAAUCAACCUUUGAAGAGAGGUCAACGGUACAAGCUGAAAAAGAUUAGAGAAAAGUAUGGAGAUCAAGAUGAAGAAGACAGAAUGUUCAAGUUAAAUUUGCUUGGCUCUGCUCCGAUUAUCAGACAAAUGGAUGGUAUGGAACUGAAUAGAGUCAACCAAUCAAAUGAAAGUGGCAAUAAUAAUAUUAAUGAUGUUGAUGGUGGUGACGAUGGGGAAGGUAGAGAACAAUUGCAGGUUUCUAAGAGUAACAAUGAAAGUCCAGGUCAAAAGAAUCAUCAAAAUAAACAGGAAAAGGAUAGUUUGUCCCAAUCAAAGGAGAAAAGUAAACUUGAUAAAAAGAAGGUGGCAAUCAAAGUAUCUUCCUCCAAGUCCAAGAAUGGCGAAGAUGAAAAUGAAGGUGCUGAAAAUGGAAUAGAAUCAAUGGAAAAAGAGAGAGAAAAAAAGUUAUCCAAUGACAUUGAAAACGAAGAUGAGCAAGAAGAUGAAGAAGAUGAUGAUGAUGAUGAAGAGGGCCCAACUAAUAAAAUAGUUGAACACGUUAAUCUGAUAAAUUCUUUGACUGGCCAACCUUUGCCUGAUGAUGUCCUUCUCUACACUAUACCAGUUACAGCUCCCUAUACUGCUCUCUCUAAUUAUAAAUUUAAAGUAAAAGUAUUGCCAGGGACCAGUAAACGGGGUAAAUCAGCGAAGACGGCGUUGGCAGUAUUUCUUGCUGAUAAAACAAUAUCUCAAAGGGAGAAAGAUUUGCUUAAAAAUUCAAAAGAUCAAGAUAUUGGACGUAAUCUACCCAACAAAGUGAAGAUAUCAGCUGUUAAGUUGAAUACGUUGAAGAAAAAGGGAAAAUGACAUUUUCCAAGUGAAAAGCUCAUCAAUCAAAGUUACUUUCAUCAUUCUCAUUAAUAUAAAAAAGCCUGUGAUGAUUUAAAAAUAAUUGAGGAAAUUAAAAUUAAAACAAUCAUAAAGUGUAAAUUUUGUAAAUCAUAUGGGAAGCAAGAUAGUCUACAAAACACCAAUUAUUAACUUUAUACAGACCAACAAAUAAAUUGGUAAAUACAUAAAUGUAUAUAUUUUUUGUUGAUCAUUUCUUAAUCAUUUAGCCAAGUUUACUCGUACAUUCUGUUAAGGUUACAAUUACAUGUUUUCCUGUAUCAUUAUCAA